GAGACAGAUGUUCAGUCAUUGUGCUGUUUAAUCAGCUGGAUGAGCAUGGGGUAUGGAACUGCAUGAAGUGUCAAAUUCUGAUCCUACAAUUCAAGUCAUUAUGAGUAACCCCAUGUCCCUGAACCUCGACCAGACAUGGGAAGAAAGCCUACGAGAUGACCUGAGAUAUUACUUCAUGAGUCCUUGUGAGAAAUACAAAGUGCGACGGCAGCUACCAUGGAAGCUGACAGUACAGAUUUUAAAAAUAAUCAUGAUCACAACUCAGCUUAUUCUCUUUGGACUGAACAACCAGCUCGUAGUGAGCUACAAAGAAGAGAACUUGAUGGCCUUCAAAAAUAUAUUCCUAAAGAGCUAUGUUGGUGUGGAGGACGAUGAUUAUACUGUCGCUGUCUAUACUAAGCAGAGCGUCUCUGACCAUCUGUACUAUAUUAUAGAUCAGUACUCUCAGUUAGACCAGCUCUCUGUGGGCUCGGUCAGUUAUGCCGAGAAGGACGGAAAGUUACUCCCUUUGGUCGUCUGUAAAGAAUAUUACAGACGGGGCAGCGGGAAGGCUUCAGAAGAAACCUAUGAUAUAGAUGCCCAAACUGAUUCAGCUUGCCUAACUUUGGAUCCCAAAUCCGCCGCAACAUGGAGAACGACCAAUGCCUCUUUUUUCGAGUUUGACUUUUACAGGCUUGUUGGUAUCGAAAUCUCUUUCCGGCUCAACGGAAUUAACCUGCAAACUGUCCUUUCACACGAACUUCCCGAUUGCUACAUUUUUGCUGUUUCGAUUACAUUUGACAAUCGAGGCCAUAGUGGAAAAGUGAAAAUCACCCUUGAUUUUGAUGCUGUUAGCAGUGCAUGCAAAAACUGGAAGAUUUCAGGAACUGCUCAGAAAAGCACUCAUUAUCUUCUCAUCUUUGAUGCUGCUGUUAUCCUAGUGUGUCUGACCUCUGCUGUGCUUUGCGUUCGUUCCAUUUAUCUUGCAAUUCGAUUACUUCAGGAUACUUUCUCAUUUUUGCAGCGAUUUUCCAAGUUCUGUGUUUGGAAGUACAAUCAUAAGGUAUGUGAGGAGGACCAGUGGGAAUUUUUAAACGGCUGGUACAUCCUGGUUAUUAUCAGUGAUGUCUUGGCAAUCAUAGGGUCAGUACUGAAGAUGGAAAUCCAGGCGAAGAGCCUGACAAGCUAUGACGUGUGCAGCAUCUUUUUAGGAACGUCGACGCUCAUGGUCUGGGUUGGCGUCAUCAGAUAUUUAGGUUACUUCCGGAAAUAUAACGUGCUAAUCCUUACUAUGCAGGCAGCUCUACCCAAUGUUCUCCGCUUUUGCUGCUGUGCCGGAAUGAUCUAUCUGGGCUACACCUUCUGUGGGUGGAUCGUUUUAGGGCCCUAUCAUGAAAAGUUUGAAGGUCUAAGCCGAGUAGCCGAAUGCCUCUUCUCCCUGGUGAACGGCGAUGACAUGUUCCCGACGUUCGCUGAGUUCCAGCAGAAGAACACGGUGGUGUGGCUGUUCAGCCGGGUCUACCUCUACUCGUUCAUCUCGCUCUUCAUCUACAUGGUGCUCAGCCUUUUCAUUGCGCUCAUCACUGAUGCUUACGAGAGCAUCAAGCGCUACCAGAAAAACGGGUUUCCCAUUACAGAGCUGCAACUGUUCCUGAAUGCAAAAAAGGAGUUCCCCCAAGGGGAGGAUGUAGAGAACGGAGAGGGAAGCAGGACCAAAAACAACUUCUCCUUCACUAGGCUGUGCAACUGCAGAAGAGGUUCUGAAGACUCUUGCACCAUUUUCCUCAGCUGAUAAACACCGUCAGGGUGAGAACAUCUAAAUGAGCUCUCCAAUGGGAAAAAAAAAUCCAAAUCCAAUGGACUCCAUUUCAUAAUACUUCCAUUAUUCUAUGCACAUUGUGUACCAUUAACCCUAUUAUUAUUGUGUAUUAUCAAUAAGAACAUAACCCACAUUAACCAAAGGAAGAAGACAGUCCAUGAAGAGGAAUACAAUAUCAUAAGGGCUCUUGAGUCUUGCUGGAAAAGUGCAAUCUAUUACCAGGAAAUGGCUCCAGUCAAACGCACACAAGAUUACCGCAGACCUGUAUUCAGCAAGUCUAAUGACUAGAACUUGAAGAUGUUCCUCAGCUCUGGGGUGGGGGUGGGGUGACAAGACUCUGCGACAUAACCUACUUUCUUUUGUUGGUUUGUUUAUGCAAAAGAAAUAUUUGAUCUGCAUCAAGUGUGACUUUACAGAAAUAAAUAGAC